AUGGCGCGAAUCUCUCACAAGCGAACGCGCCAGAACAAAGAGAUUCCCCCGGAGAGACUUAGCCUCCUGGGCCACCCGCCUAAUGCACGAUCUACGUCGACCACGGGGAAGGGGAGAGUUCUCGGUCGUUCGCACCGGAUUGCAGAAAGAGCCACCACGGGAGAAAUCCACAUCAGCCCGUCACGUCAACAAACCCGUAUCACCCUUCGAAUGCGCCAGGAGCCGUCUCAGGGCCCUGAGUCCGCAUGGUGGACUUCUCCCAAAAUUCUCGACCAGGAUGACGACGAGCAAAAGCAGGAUAAAGUCAUUACCAAAGAGGUGAUUCGGCAAGCCUGGCACGGGCGGCUGCGCCCCAGAGCAACUCAUCAAUCUCCACCGGUCAGUUCCAGUGAGGUGCGGAAGCGCAUACGCGGCGGAAAGGUCUAG